CUUCCAUAGGCAGCAUGAAGAAUGGUCGGAGUUCCAGGAGCCAUGGAUGCUGUGGAGCUUGCCAGACGGUUGCAAGAAGAGGCCACGUGUUCCAUCUGCCUCGAUUACUUUACUGAUCCUGUGAUGACUGCCUGUGGCCACAACUUCUGCAGAGAGUGCAUCCAGAUGAGCUGGGAGAAGGGGAAGGUCAAGAAAGGGAAGAAGAAGCAGAAGGGCUCCUUCCCCUGCCCCGAGUGCAGGGAGAUGUCCCCUCAGAGGAACCUGAGGCCCAACCGCCUACUGACAAAGGUGGCUGAGAUGGCCCGCCAGCACCCUGGGCUUCAGAAGCGAGACCUGUGCCAAGUACACCAAGAACCCCUUAAGCUGUUCUGCCAGGAUGACCAGAGCCCCAUUUGUGUGGUCUGCAGGGAGGCCCAGGAGCACCGGAUGCACAAGGUGUUGCCUCUGGAUGAGGCUGCAAGAGAGUAUAAGCUCAGGUUGGAGGAGGACAUAAAAUAUCUACGGGAGGAGAUGAUGAAGACGGAAACACUGCAAGCCAAGGAGGAGCAGAACUUAACUGAGUGGCAGGAGAGAGUGAAAGAGCGGAGAGAACGCAUCCUGGAGGAGUUCCAGAAGGUAGUUUUGUUUCUGGUGGAAGAAGAACGGAGGCUCCUCCAGAUCCUGAAGAAGGAGGAAGAGGACACCCUAGGGAAGCUGCAGGAGAGCAAGGCCUCCCUGGACCACCAAAGCCGGUCCCUGGACCUGAUCCUGUUGCAGCUGGAGGAGCGGAGCCAGCAAGAGCCCCUCCAGAUGUUGCAGGUGAGGCCAGAGGAUGCUGAGGUAUUUGUGUCCUUGGAUGUGAAGGACACCUUGACCAGGAAGGAGAGCCUCAGUGUGCAGUACCCAGAGGUGGUCCUCCCUGUGACUAUCAAGACCGUGUGCAGAGUUCCAGGACAGAUAGAAGUGCUCAAAAGUUUCCAAGAGGAUGUGAUGCCCGACCCCAGCUCAGCAUAUCCCUAUCUCCUCCUGUACGAGAGUCGCCAGAGGCGGUACCUGAGUCCACCACCAGAGGGCAGCGCCCCCUACAGCAAGGACCGGUUCGUGGCCUACCCCUGCGCUGUGGGGCAGAAGAGCUUUUCCUCUGGAAGGCACUACUGGGAAGUGGGCAUGAAUCUCACCGGGGAUGCACUCUGGUCCUUGGGGGUGUGCAGGGACAAUGUGAGCCGGAAGGACAGGGUGCUUAAGUCCCCAGAAAAUGGCUUCUGGGUAGUGCAGCUGUCCAAGGGGAAGAAACAUCUGUCCCUGUUACCCGAUUCCACUCCAGUCACUCUCACGGAGCCUCCCAGCCACAUGGGUAUCUUCCUGGACUUCCAGGCUGGGGAGGUGUCCUUCUACAGUGUAAACGAUGGGUCUCACUUACACAGCUUCUCCCAGGCUGCCUUCCCUGGGCCGCUGCUGCCAUUCUUCUGCUUGGGAGCUCCAAAGUCGGGCCAAAUGGUCAUCUCCACAGUGACCAUGUGGGUGAAGGGAUAGAGGCUUGGGGCCAGGCACAGACACUGGGUAUGCCAUGGUUCCCCAGAAGGCAGGGUACUUCACCACCGUGGCCACCUACCCAGGUUUCUCUGGGGCACUAAGAGUUAAUACCUGUGCUGGCAGGGCAACUCACCGAAAUACAAGCAAGAUUAAAAUGCU